GGCUGAGCAAGAAGGUUUCAAACAUGGCGGCAAUGUUUGACUGAAUUUUCACAUUUUUCACGUGUUUUUGCUUUUGUAUUCCAUCUAUUUGUUUACUUGCGAUGGAUGAAACGACUGAAGCUAUUGAAAGUAAAGUUGUUCAUGAAGGGAAGGCAAAAAUAACGUUUACUAAUCCCAAUGAAGUGUUUUAUAACCCAGUUCAAGUAUUCAACAGGGAUCUGAGUGUAGCUUGUAUACAGGUUUUUACUGAAGAACUUUUCCCGUUAACUAUCAAGUUUAAGAAGAAAAUAAAACAGAAAAAUGCUGUCGAGGAAGAAGAUAUAAGUGUUGAUAAGUCUUCAGCCAAUGAUCAAUCAAAUACAGGUAGUGAUAUCGUACAUGUAUGUGAGGGGAGGCGCUGUUUUGUAUUAAUAUUAAGGCCCGUUUUCUCUUGCACUUUUUUGCUGAGAAUAUAGUUGUGAUUAUCUUCUCAUGGAUGUGAACGAGUGAAUGAGUUAUGAAUGUUCAGAUGAGGGUAUAUAUAAUCGGAACAUUCAUAACUCAUCUACUUGUUCGCAUACAUAAGAAGAAAAUCACACUAGAAAUCCGGGCAUUCCCAACAUUGUGAACAUUGAAAUAGCGACAAAUAGAAAAUGAAAUAGUGACAUUUGACAUGAACUCUGUCUAAAUCAUGACAAAGGACAUGAAAAUGAUGGAAAACAACAAAAUUCCAAAAGCGACAUUGGAAUGUUUUCAAGCGGCAACAUUACUUGUCUUGAAAAUCAGACAAGUGACUUGCAUGCCCACCCUAGCAGGGCCUCAUAUGUGGUCUAUAGAAAUUUUCAAAUUGUGGCCAGGCUUGAUGGGUCAUUUGUAUGUAUCUGGUAUGCAUUGGUUUCACAUCCUAUAGAUGCAUAUUCAUGGGCUAAUUUUAUGGUCCACUACAAGUGGUUGACUAUGUAGCUCUUUUGCCUAAAAAAGUAAUUAAUAAAAAUGAUUUAUGAAAGGCACAAAAUUUAUACUAAGUCCUCCAUUGCAUCCAUGUUAUGACAGUAAGUUUCUCUUCUUCACCUUGAUGGAAACAUUCUUGUCUGUGUGUGGCAAAUGCACUUUAGGAAUAACCUGCUGAAUCAUGGAAUGACUCUUGUCAAAUUUAUUGUCAUUUCAGGAGAAACCCCAGGCAUAGUCUUGUUUGAAGGACUAGCAGCAUCUGGAUUGCGCUCUAUCAGAUAUGCUUUGGAAGUGGAAGGAAUUGAGGAAAUUAUUGCAAGUGAUAUAAGUUCAGAUGCAUUUCAAUUGAUGUCAAGAAAUGUUGAAGAUAAUCAAGUCUCUCACAUUGUUAGGCCAGUGCAAAUGGAUGCCAGGUGCAAAUUGAUUUGUAAACACAUUGAGUGCCAGCACUUUUCCCUUGACAAGUAAAAUUAUCUGGUAUUAGAAAGAGUAAAAUAACAAAGUAGUGCACAUUAGGAUGCAUUAUUGCCACUUAAAGGGUUAAAUGGAUGAUUCAUUUAUAUACACCCUUCCGGAAAGUACUGUAUGUAAAGCCUCGUUUCUAUGAUUGAGAUGUUGAGCUUUAACACAAAAAUGAGGUUCUAUACCAAAGUGUCAUACUUUCCAGAUAUGUGUAUUGUGGUUAAGGUAUGUGCCGGCCUCCAUGGAAAAUAUCCAAUACUGUAGCCAGAGUAUGAUAGCUGGCAUGGUAGGCUGUCCAUCUAUAGGGAUACUAAUUCUGAUAAGACUAAAUACUGAUAAAAGAAAACACAGUAUCAAUAUUUAUGGAGCAUUAGGUUAUGAGAUGAGGGAUUAGGGCAUAUUUUUAAUGGGUUGAUAAAAUCUUCUCCAAUCCCUUUCAACAGUUUAGCCAUGUAUCAAAGAAGACAUCCUGUUCAAUGUCGGUUUGAUGUGAUUGACCUUGACCCCUAUGGUUCCCCAGCAGAGUUUCUAGAUGGUGCUGUCCAGUCUGUCAGUGAUGGUGGUAUGCUGGCUGUAACAUGUACUGAUAUGGCAGUACUCUGUGGUAACCAUAGUGAGGCUUGCUAUGCCAAAUAUGGCAGCAUGUCUUUGAAAGGAAAAUUUUGUCAUGAAAUGGUAAGCUGGUUUGGUAAACAUAAUCUCUGUGCAAAAAUAAUUUUCUUCCUGUGAACAAAGCCUUUCCUGCAGAACUCCUUGGCUAUCUUUUUCACCCUUGGUUAUUUUACCCCAGGUUUUUUCACUCCGGCUAGUUUUUUCACCCCUAUCUUUUUCACCCCUAUUUUUUUCACCCCAUCAAUUCAUGGUUGGAUUUACUGUAUACUAGAGAUUGGUCAUCCAACCAGACACACCAUCAUCAUCAUUUAAGGCCUGAUAGUGCUAUCCAUUGGCUAACAUGUCUGUUGAUUUGUAUAACUGCAUGAUUAAAGUUAAGUUUGCAUGUGUAAUUUGUUAAUUGCGAGGGUCCAUAUCUGGACUUAAUGGCUUUUCAAGAAGCUUUGGAACAGUUGUAAAAAUGACUAUUUGAUGAAUACCUUUGUACAACCGCCCCCAGAGAAUAAAACUGGUCAAACUAUAUCCAGGCAAAUAAACUGUAUUUGCCACAUUUGCUUGUAAUCUAUGCUCUAGUGAAAAGUCAGAACAAAAAUUCUUGCCUGACAUUUUCUUGAUAAUUUGGUGUCCUUUUUUACACAUAAACUGCAGACCCAUCAUCCGUCUAGAUGAACUGCAUGCACUUGCAAGUUUGUUUGUUGUAGAAGAUCUGCUCGGAUAUUUCAUCCAAAAUCUUGCCAAUGUUCCACGUCAUGAAACGUUACGGUACUGAAGUUAUAAUUGGCAGCUUUUAUGUACACGAACACAAAGCCUUGUGAAAUUUGGUACCUGAUCCUCGUUCCUGAAAAGUGAAGUUUAGAUCCCUUUUCUUCACAGGCAUUGAGGAUUAUUUUAUCGUGUAUCGACUCACACGCGAACCACUACAAAAGAUACAUUGUUCCCUUGGUUUCCGUCAGUGCUGAUUUUUAUAUCCGUGUUUUUGUGCAAGUAUUCACAAGUGCAGCUGAAGUAAAGCGAUCAGCAAGCAAGAAAUCGUUAGUUUAUCAUUGUGUAGGAUGUGGAAGUUACUUCUUUCAGCCAGGUUUGUUUUAAAGAUGAUGUUUUCACUAAAAUUGCCCGGAAUCAAUCGGCGGCAAUGGCGUUAAAAAUUGCCGUGGAACGUAACAGCUCAGAGGUAAGAACUGUCUACGGCAAUUUUGGCAGUUUCCACGGCAUUUUUUCAAAUUAAUAAAAAUUUAAUUUUAUUGUUACUUUGGAUUGUUGACAAGCUAGAAACAUGUUUACGUUUUUUUGUUUUUUUAUUUCGAAGAAAACUGAGACUAAAAUAGUAAUUUACGCAUGAUUUGAUCAACAUCUGAAUUCAAGUAUCAAAAUAGUAAUGCACAGUGAAUAGUAUAAAAAUUACACUAUACGGCAAAAAAUGCCAUCGUUGCCGCAAUGCUAAUCCUUCCACCUUCCUUACUAUACACUCGGUUUUUCGCAAUUUAGCAUUCAACUGCCGGCAAGGAAAGAUUAUUGAUACCCCCUUUAUAUUUAGCUUUGUCUUUACCUUUAGUUGGCAAGCGUAUAGAAGAGGGCAAGUCCAAGAAAUAUCCUCCAGGGACCGGACCCCCAGUGGGCGAGACCUGCCCGGAGUGUGGACGAAGGUUUCAUCUGGGGGGACCGAUAUGGUCUGAACCUAUUCAUAAUGAAGACUUUGUACAGAAAGUUCUGGACAAAGUGAAGAAAAAUCCAGAGAAGUACAAAACGUCAGAAAGAAUGGUCGGUUAGUGUUCUCGUAUUGCCUUUGUGAUUUUAUCUUCUUCGGUUCAGGGAUUGAAAUGAGCGUCAGGUUGCCAAAUGCGACCAAAUUAUUCAUCUGACGACCAGAUAUUCGGUCUUGUGACGACUGAGAAAAAUUUAAAAUAAUAAAGUAGUUCUAAAGCCCUAAGAUAUCUCAGUGAUCAUGCAUUUCAUUCUAUAAUUUGCCAAUGAACUUAUUAAACAACUGUUGUUUAUGGUAUCGAUAUAUAAAUAGAACACUUCAUAAUACAUUGAUCUAGGUAGACAUGGUUUUAAAUUUCAGGUGACCAGAAUCUAAUCCCCCCCCCCCCAAUAUUUCACGAGUAAAUUAGAAUACAAUUAUACUUUUUCUAGGUAUGCUGACUGUGAUCUCAGAAGAGCUUAGUCAUUCACCGUUAUAUUAUACACUCGAUCAUCUCAGCUCGGUUGUUCACUGUACCACUCCAUCCAUGGUACAACUGAGAUCAGCCAUCAUGCGAUGUGGGUAUGACGUGUCAGGAUCUCAUACUGCGAAGUCAGCUAUAAAGACCAACGCACCAAAUAAAGGUAAGAGAAAUUAUAAUUUUGAACAGUCUGUGCCAGUGUAGGUCGUGCCGAUAACUUCCGGUUUCAUAUCGCGAAAAAAUUAGGGUCGGUAGGUCGGAAAUAAUUUUUUUUUUGAAUAUUUUUUUCAUGUUUUUUUCAAUAAUUAGUGUGACAACCGACGCCAUUUAAUUUUGGCAGCAGCUCUCAACCACCCGGAGAAAAUAGGGUCGCACGGUCAAUCGCGUUGAAAAAAUAAUAGGGUCGGCAGAAGAAAAUAGGGUCGGUCGGGAACUGGAACCACAGGGGGUUUUUUUACGCCUUAGUGGCCAGCUAAUGGCCUUCCCUCGAAACGUCGAAGUUCUCCUUGUAUUUUUCAGGUAGUUGCAUCCCUAUUAAUCCGAAGCUUUAGAGAAAUUGUGUCGAAGAGAAAUUAUGUCGAUACGUCCGAGUACCGUACUCUCCUUAGGGUUCCUGUAAUGGCCUUCGAUUGUGCCUGCAAUGCAAUUUAGUUAUUUUGUAAAAUCAUUUACAAAAUAAUAGCUUGCGUUAAUUACAAAAUAACAAGUCGCAUAAAAUGUGCAUUAUAAAAUUGGAAGAUUUCUAACUUUUUUCCGUCAUACGGCCGACAGUCUUUUACCAAUCUUCCUCUGUUAUUUUCUUCUUUAAACAAAGGUAACAAAUCAUCUAAAUACACCCUUCCGUCUCGUUUUCGAGAUUGAGAUAUCGGCUUUAUAGUCUUUCAUCAUAUUACUGCAUGAUGACCUAAUUAUUUAAAGGUCUUUUGUGUUAUCUAAUAUAUCUGUAAUGAUUUCGUAAUAUUUCACUUGUAUCAAAAUAAAGGACUCUAAACCCAAUAUCACAAAUCAUGAAAACGAGGCUGUAUAACGAAGGCUGUACUUUCCAGAAGAGUGGAUUAUAUACAGUACAGUAUGUGUUUGGAUUUAGGGGCAACGGUAAAACACAUAAAUACAGCAUAGCUCCAUCACUAAUCCACAUGAACACCGCGCAGCUAUAAGUAUUACUUAUUUUAAAAACUCUUUUUUCCAUUUUCCAGUUAUUUGGGACAUAAUGCGAGCGUGGGUGAAAACACAUCCUCUUAAAAAGGAACAUGAAAAUUCACCGGGUCAUGUGAUUUUAAGUAAACCUUCGCAGACUGAAGUGAGCUUCGAGUUUAAGCCUGGGGCGAAUCCUGCCUCAAGACAACUCAGGAUGACGAGAUUUCCUGAAAAUCCUGAGCCAGAAUGGGGACCAAAGGCAAGGUAUGUUUGUACAAACGUGGGUGGCCAGUGUAGGUAACGUGCAUUAGGGUGGUGUAUGGUAGAGUAUGUUAGGGUAUGUUAGAAACCUGGGGCUAUAUGAUGUACAAGUAUUAUUCUAUAAAAUGCUACCGCGGCUUGUGUGUGAAGUUCUUCAAAAGGUUAAACUCCUUCACGUUUUGAGCGAAAGCUCUUGUGAGACUUCUGUGUGGUGUUUAUGAGACCAACAGUCUCCUGAUAAAGGACAUUGGUAUGGUGUGGUAUAGUAUGUUAUGGUAUGGUAUUCUACAGUAUAAUAUAUUAUGGUACUGUAUGGCGUGUUUGGUGUGGUAUAUAUGGUAGAACAUACAUAGUAUGUGGUACGACAUGAUAGGGUACAUGCAUGUAUGGUAUGGUAUGGUUCUAUGGGUGGUAUGGUACUAUGGAUGUAGUAUGGUAUGGUACUAUGGUAUGGUAUGACAUGAUAUAUGGUGCUCAACGGUAUACUGUAGUGUGACAUGCCAGUGUGCAUUUAUAUAACAGUUGUUUAUUUUGUCAUUUUUCAAGAGCCCGCAAGCAUGUUGAAUCUGAAGAACUUACAAAGAAACGUAAACGGAAUCAAGGGAAACGGAAGGGUACAAACGAUGAAGAAAGAUUAAAAAAUUUUGAAUGCAAGAGGUUCAAGCAAGGUUUGUGUACGUUGGGUGAUACGUGUAAAUAUUCACAUUGUUCGCAGGAAACGUUAGAAACGAACUAAAAUGACGAUGACAAACAAUGACAAAAUGGCGGACGAUGAUCUAUAUGCAUCCUUUGCUGUAGCCUGAAAACAGACCUACGUUUCGCCCCUAAAAUUCGCAGGUCGACGGAAAGGCUACGUUUCGCCCUUCGUCGACCCGCGAAUGUUAGGGCAGGCGAAACGUAGGUCUGUUUUCAGGCUGCCUUUGCUGCGAGUAAUUGGAUAUUAGCCAUUCCGAAGUUGAUGAGUGGACUGGGGACGAG